AUGAGACGACUGGCUUUGGAGUUGAUGCGCAGACGCCCACGGGUCCUAGCGGACCGCAUAGAAGGGUACCGAGAGAGCGGACCGACGUCUCCCCAGGCCCACUCUCUAGUGUCCUUGAAAGGUCGUGGGGGUCCGGGCAGGCUCCCGAUGCCUGGCAAAUGUGAGUCUGCUGGCAAAUUACUGCCCACGUACGGGGUGACUCUGGGCCUGGGGCGGUGCAGGAGCUCUAUAAAAGCCGGCCAAACUCCCCACUCGCUCAGCCACUUCUCUCGCCUCCACCUCCUUGGGAACCAGGUGCACCUCCCACCUUCAGACAUGUCCUGCUACAACCCAUGCGUGCCAUGCCAGCCCAGCGGGCCAGCCCCGCUGGCCAGCAGCUGCAAUGAGCCCUGUGUUAGGCAGUGCCAGGACUCCACCGUUGUCAUCCAACCCUCUGCCGUGGUGGUGACCCUGCCCGGCCCCAUCCUCAGCUCCUUCCCGCAGAGCACCGCCGUGGGAUCCAGCACCUCUGCUGCCGUUGGCAGCAUCCUCAGCUCUCAGGGAGUCCCCAUCUCCUCCGGAGGCUUCAGCCUCUCUGGCUUCGGCGGCCGUUUCGGUGGCUCCAGGUGCCUGCCCUGCUAA